AUGCAGAACCUGUCACUUGCCGUCAAAAAAGGGACUCGUUCUGUCUCAACUCGUCAAAUGGGAAAUCCGUUCGAGUUUCUCGAACAUGUCUACCUCCCACACAACAUGCCAGUACAUGAGGAGAUCCCGGUUGACUCGUUGAGCAUCAUCUCAGGAGACAAUAAGUUGAAGAAGGUGAUACUGACGGUGAAAGGGAGGAAAUGGACACUGGAUUGUCUCGAUGAGAAAGAUUUCAAGAUGGACUACCCUUGCACAAAGAGUUACGAAUGCUUCAUCGGAGACUACUUUGUGACCUUCUGUCAAAAGACAGACGCUAAUAUGGUGUCCUACUGGAACGACAAUCGUAUAGGCCUGACCGAGAUGGCAAAGAUCUUGGUCGGCACCUACGGUAUCACCAAAAUCAAGGAAGUCAGGAUCCAAGGAACCUAUAACAACGAGCCAUUCCUCAACUGGAUCUCGCACGAGUUCAAGGGAGAGAUCCGUAAAAUAAUCGUCAACACCACAUUCGCUCCAACAUUUCUGGAACACUGCAAGAAGACACCGUAUCUCGCCUUCUAUUCCGAUCCAUUCAAGCAUUCUGCUACUCGACGGAUCCACUUCGAAGUCGAUGAUUUGCUUAUUUGGAAUGCUAAAUGCUCCCCCGCCUCGUCGACUCAGUUGCAUGCGUUGAGUCAGCAAGCAUAUGCAGUCACACUUCAAGAGUGUAAUACCAUGCCGGAUCCAGUCAACGAAUUCUUGAAAGGAUGGAUGUCGGGUGGGGAGAUGAAGAUGAGGAAGAUGUACAUCAAGGAAAAGAAUCUCAGUCGUGAAGAUGUGAUGUCCGGGAUCGAGUUCACUGUAUUGGGGAAAGGAGUCAACAGAAAACUGAAAAUCCACAACGAGUUCACAUGUCCAGUUACUGGCGGAUGGUCAAUCCGACGUGCCGAUGGUCGCACUGCAACCAUCUGCGAGUCACAUAUUCCAGAGGCAUCUGCAGAGGACGAGACGCCCGAAUUCAAAAGGACGAUUCUGGAGUUCUAUUUCUGGCCGGAUCAGCAGUCAGCUUAUUGA